AUGCCCAUCAAGUCUUCUGAUUUAGCGUACUUUGACGACGUCUUAGUUGACUGUCUCAUUGAUAGAGUCGAUUAUUGGGCACAUAUUCGUAAAACUGGUGAAUACAAGCCUAUUUCAGGGAUUCGCGAUGCCGCUGUGCGCGAGAUAGUCGACCGGGCGGUGGCUCAGGAGUCAUUGGGGCCCCUGGUUGAGGAAUUUUGUGAAAUGCCGGCAAUCACUAAAUUUCUUGCUCGCUUCCACGAAAUAUCUGUUCGAAACAUGUUUGAAAAACAUGUCAGACGGUAUUUGGCAAUGUACUCUCCGCUAGCGCCCUUUGCAGUCGAGGUCACAACCCGAUAUGCAGAAAGCACCAAGCGACAAGCAGAGGCCUGUAUUGUUGCCCGUGAAAAAAUUAUUGCGGGGUCUGAAAUCAAGUUUUUAACGGGUAUGCUCGCUGACUUGGGUGAGGACGAUGAGGAGCUGAUUGCCAGUGGUAGUGCUGGUGAUUUCAGUAUUAUCAACACUUCGAGACGGGACUGCAGUAGUAUGAUGCUCGGCCCCGCUCGAUUCGUUAAUCAUGAUUGUGAGCCUAAUGCUCAAUUCACCUCAAAUGGUCGAUCUUUAUGCGUCAAGGCUCUGCGGAACAUUCACAUAGGAGAGGAAAUUACUGUCCAGUAUGCUCCGAACUAUUUCGGGCAAAACAAUUGUGAAUGUCUCUGUGCCACAUGUGAAAAGCACAAGCGUAAUGGCUACGCAGAGGACGAAGCUACUGAUGCUGAUGAGACGCCUUCUCAGAAUGAAAGUGGUCGGGUUCUUCGCCAACGGAGCCGUACCCCCGAGAUCGCUGAACGCAGCCAAUCAAUCACAGACCGGUAUGCCGCAUAUACCGUGGUGGAUCCUGCAGCAACGUCUAUCUGCAGCAACUGCACUGUCAACUUCAAAAGCUUUGUCGAGCCUUACAAAGGGAAACGGUUGCAGUGCCCCAGAUGUACACGGCACGCGACGUUAUACAGCAGUUUUUGGCCGAAAACUCGCGGACAAUCUAUGGAUGUUUCAAGACUUUAUCAUAGGGCUUUGGCCGUGCCUAAAAAGGAGGUGAGAAAAGAGCGGCCAAUGAAUGCAUUGCAACGAAGACGCCUGGAGCUGGAUAAAAAAGAAAAACGGGCAGCAAGCCCUCCGGUCAAAAGACGAAAGACCGUGGUUGAAAAGCCUGUGGUUACCCGUCUCUCAAGAGCAGAGAGGGCAGAAAAAAGGCGCUCGGAACCGGUUCUUGCCUAG